AUGUCUCCCCCGCAGGAUGAAUCCACCCAAGCGUACUCUGUCUUCCGACCCAGCAUAAAGGCUCUCUCCAUGAUCCUGGCAUCCGUGGCAGGUUUCAUGAGCCCUCUUGGAAGCAACAUUUACAUGCCUGCGCUCCCACAAGUCACCGAAAAGUUGAGUAUUACCCAAGGUGAGACACUCUUGUCGGUAACCAUGUACAUGAUUUUCCAGGGUGUGGCACCCUCGUUUUGGGCACCACUCUCUGACACGUUUGGCCGCCGCCCCAUCAUUAUGUGCACGUUCUUAAUCUUCUUAGCGGCCAACUUGGGUCUCGCUUUUGUGAAUGUGUUCUGGGGCUUGCUCGUCCUCCGCAUGUUGCAAGCUUGUGGAGCUGCGAGCGCUAUUGCCAUUGGAGCCGGCGUGGUGAGCGACAUGGCGCCAAAGUCACAUCGAGGGCGAUACAUGAGCUACUUUCAAUUCGGCGCAUUGAUCGGACCAUGUGUGGGCCCCAUCGCAGGCGGGCUUCUCGCCAAGCGCUGGGAGUGGCACUCUGUGUUCUUCUUUCUCUCGGCGAUCAAUGGCAUCCUCCUCUUGUGCUUUGGCGCGCUCUUACCAGAAACGCUGCGGGCCCUGGUAGGCAACGGAUCCAAGCGACCGGUGGGCAUCUGGAAACCAUGGCUGCCGAUCUCUCUCUCUGUCGAGCAUGGCGAUGCAGAAAACCAGGAAGAGAAGUCCGUAACAAUGGAGAUGCCUUCUCAUGUCAAGCUUAGCCAGAUGGGCUUUCACAAGCCUUGGCUCAUGUUCCUUGAGCCUGACAUUGCGCUGCUAAUAUUAUCGUAUUCGCUUCCCUUCACAACAUAUUCCGUGUCGACGGCUACGUUAUCAGAAACGCUUUCUGACAACUACAGUUACAACAUGAUCGUCAUCGGUCUCUGUUACUUGCCACUAGGCGCAGGAUUUGCUGUAGGAGGUCUUUUGGGCGGUCGCUUGGUGGAUUGGGAGUAUCGGCGCUCUAAGGAAAAGCAUGGCGAUCAGCUGAACCUAUUCAUAGCGCGCCUCAAGUAUGCACCAUUGUUUAAUACCCUCUUUUGCAUUGGUUUUAUCGCCGUGGAAUGGUGUCUCGACAAGAAAACGCACAUUGCAGCGCCCAUGAUAGUGUUCUUCUUCGGUAUGUGUAUUUUGCUUACGCACAGCGUCGGCCUGUUCUAUGGUCCAAUUUACGUCCAUCAAUUCACUCCUAGUGGACUUGUAUCGCGAUCGAGCCGCUUCCGUCACAGCCGCUCUCAAUAUUGGCCGCUGUAUCCUAGGUGCAAUUCUCGUGGCUGUGACACAGUACAGCAUUGA